CCCCUCUCUCGGCUUCUUCGGCCGAACCGGAAAUAAUUGGUUGGCAUUAGCAACGUUUCGGCCGAUCCAGGCCAGAAUACAGAGAUAGCAGAAGAAACUGAAACAAACAGACAGAAAACACACUGAAGAACAGGCAAACAUUCCUGUUAAGCCUCAUACUGAGAUUGUGAGGCAAGAGACUAUAACAGAAUGACAAGCUCCUCUACCCCUAGAAUGCACACGUACAAGAGGACUUCCAGCCCUCGAUCACCAACGAAUACAGGAGAGCUUUUCACACCAGCACAUGAAGAAAAUGUGCGCUUCAUCCAUGAUACUUGGCUUUGUGUUUUAAGAGACAUUAAAUCCCCACAAAAUAGUGAACGUAAUGAUCGUGGACCACAGGAGUAUGUGGAGAAAAACCCAAAUCCCAACCUACAUUCUUUUAUACCAGUGGACCUGAGUGACCUUAAGAAGCGGAACACACAAGACUCCAAGAAGUCUUAAACCGUUCCCUCUCUUUCUGAUCCAGCAGUUUUUGUCCUCCCUUUUACAUUUGGGACCUUUUUACUCUAUCAGUCUUCUGUCGGCCAACAAAGAGCCACAAGAAGAUUUAGCCACCUUAGUCCAGAAAGCUUCUCUUUUCUCUGCCUGUUGGACCUGUGGUCUGGACUUACAGGCUGACAUCUAUUUAUGCGUUACAUUUUCAAGAGGGCUCUCUGAUCUCUCUCUCUC